AGAGGAGGAGGGGAGAGGAGGAGCGCGGAGGGGAGGAGGAUGGAGCCCCGGGCGGCCGCGGCGGGCUCGCCCGAGUCGGCGGUGGCGGCGGCGUCCUCAUCGUUCCAGGCCCGGUUCUGGAAGAACCUGCAGCUGGGGGUGGGCAAGAGCAAGGCUGGCGGGGGCGCGCGUGCGGGGGGCCCCGAGCGCCGCACUGCGGACACCCCGUCGCCCUCCCCGCCGCCCCCGGGGGGCCGGCGGGAUGCCCCGGCCGGCUUGGGUGGCGCGGGCAGCCGGUGGAGCGGCUUCAAGAAACGAAAGCAAGUGCUGGACCGCGUCUUCUCCUCCUCGCAGCCCAACCUGUGCUGCUCGUCGCCGGAGCCUCUGGAGCCCGGCAGCGCCGGCCGGGCCGAGCCGGGGUCCACACUGCGCCGCCGGAUCCGCGGGCAUCUGCUUCCCGCGGGGAAGGGGCCGGGGGCCGCCGCCGCCGCCGCCGCCGGAGCGACGCCUCCCGGCGGACGCUCCCCGGACUCGGCUCCCUCUUCGUCCUCCGCCUCAUCCUCGCUGUCCUCCUCGCCCCAGCCGCCCCCGAGGGGGGACCGCGCCCGGGAUGAGGGCGCGCGGCGUCGGGGCACCGCGGCGCACCUGUGCCAUCAGAAGAGUUCCUCGCUGCCGGGCACCGCCUGCUUGGAGCAGCUGCUGGAGCCGCCGCCGCCGCCUCGCGCUGAGCCAGCCGCGAGCCCAGCGGAGCCGCGGACCUCGGAUAAGGGCCCGGAGCGCGGCAGCAGCGGGAAAAUAAAUACUGCUGGAACCAGUAAUGCAGAUAUCCCUUUGGCUGAGCCCGGAAUGUACCAAUUGGACAUCACAUUAAGAAGGGGUCAAAGUUUAGCUGCCCGUGAUCGAGGAGGGACAAGUGAUCCAUACGUGAAGUUUAAAAUUGGAAGGAAAGAAGUUUUUAGAAGUAAAAUAAUACACAAGAACCUCAAUCCUGUGUGGGAGGAGAAAGCUUGCCUUCUUGUUGAUCAUCUUAGGGAGCCAUUAUAUAUAAAGGUGUUUGACUAUGACUUUGGACUGCAGGAUGACUUUAUGGGCUCAGCCUUUCUGGAUCUCACACAAUUGGAGUUAAACAGGCCCACGGAUGUGACCUUAACACUGAAAGAUCCCCAUUAUCCUGACCAUGAUCUUGGAAUCAUUUUGCUCUCAGUCGUCCUUACCCCUAAAGAAGGAGAACAUGUGACAAUGCUAAUGAGGAAGAGUUGGAAAAGAUCAAGUAAGGAACUCUCAGAAAAAGAAGUGCUUGGAUCUUAUUUCUCUGUGAAGUCUUUCUUUUGGAGGACAUGCGGCAGGCCUGCUCUUCCUGUCCUGGGCUUCUGCAGAUCAGAGCUUCAGAGUACUCCUUACCAAAAUGCACAAUUUCAGACUCAAAGUUUACGCCUGUCAGACGUACACAGAAAGUCACACCUUUGGAGAGGAAUCGUCAGCAUCACAUUGAUUGAAGGGCGAGACCUUAAGGCGAUGGAUUCAAACGGGUUGAGUGACCCCUAUGUGAAGUUCCGACUUGGGCAUCAAAAGUACAAGAGCAAGAUUAUGCCAAAAACAUUGAAUCCUCAGUGGAGGGAACAAUUUGAUUUUCAUCUCUAUGAAGAAAGAGGCGGCAUCAUUGAUAUCACUGCCUGGGACAAAGACGCUGGGAAAAGGGACGACUUUAUUGGCAGGUGCCAGAUUGACCUGUCGGCUCUCAGUAGGGAGCAGACACACAAGCUGGAGCUGCAGCUGGAAGAAGGCGAGGGGCACUUGGUACUGCUGGUCACCCUGACAGCUUCGGCCACAGUCAGCAUCUCUGACCUCUCCGUCAACUCCCGGGAGGACCAGAAAGAACGCGAGGAAAUAUUGAAGCGAUAUAGCCCGUUGCGGAUAUUUCACAACCUGAAAGAUGUGGGCUUCCUCCAAGUGAAAGUGAUCAGAGCAGAAGGGUUAAUGGCUGCUGAUGUCACAGGUAAAAGUGACCCAUUUUGUGUGGUUGAGCUGAACAAUGAUAGGCUGCUAACACAUACUGUCUACAAAAAUCUCAACCCUGAGUGGAACAAAGUCUUCACAUUCAACAUUAAAGAUAUCCAUUCAGUUCUUGAAGUGACCGUGUAUGAUGAAGAUCGGGACCGAAGUGCUGACUUUCUGGGCAAAGUUGCUAUACCCUUGCUGUCCAUUCAAAAUGGUGAACAGAAAGCCUACGUCUUGAAAAACAAGCAGCUGACAGGGCCAACAAAGGGGGUCAUCUAUCUUGAAAUAGAUGUGAUUUUUAAUGCUGUGAAAGCCAGCUUACGAACAUUAAUACCCAAAGAACAGAAGUACAUUGAAGAGGAAAACAGACUCUCUAAACAGCUGCUGCUAAGGAACUUUAUCAGAACGAAGCGUUGUGUCAUGGUGCUCGUAAAUGCUGCAUACUACGUUAAUAGUUGCUUUGACUGGGAUUCACCCCCAAGGAGCCUCGCUGCUUUUGUGCUCUUUCUCUUUGUUGUCUGGAACUUUGAGCUCUACAUGAUACCACUGGUUUUGUUGUUACUACUGACUUGGAACUACUUCUUGAUAAUAUCAGGGAAAGAUAACAGGCAACGGGAUACAGUAGUGGAGGACAUGCUAGAGGACGAGGAAGAAGAAGAUGACAAAGAUGACAAGGACAGUGAAAAAAAGGGAUUUAUAAAUAAAAUUUAUGCCAUCCAGGAGGUAUGUAUCAGUGUCCAGAACAUCCUAGAUGAAGUGGCUUCCUUUGGCGAAAGGAUAAAAAAUACUUUCAACUGGACCGUCCCGUUCUUAAGCUGGCUGGCCAUCGUAGCCCUCUGUGCGUUCACAGCCAUCCUGUACUUCAUUCCGCUGAGAUACAUUGUCCUUGUCUGGGGAAUCAAUAAAUUUACAAAAAAGCUUCGGAAUCCGUAUGCAAUUGAUAACAAUGAACUACUCGAUUUCCUUUCCAGAGUCCCUUCAGAUGUGCAAGUGGUGCAAUACCAAGAACUGAAACCAGAUCCUUCUCAUAGCCCAUGUAAAAGGAAGAAAAACAAUCUUGGCUAGCCAGCUCCCAGCACUGGGGAGGCCAGCAUCUGUUUGGGAGGAUAAAAGAAAAAGCCUUCAGCCU